UUUUUCCCUCUUUAAAAUGGCCUUCUUGCUUCUUCUUGAAUGCCAAUUGUUUCUUUAUCUUAGCAUAACUACAUCAUAUUAUUUAUUUUUGUUGUUGUUAGAUCAUCUAUAUAUUAAAGCAAGAAGGUAAACCACAUCAACAUUUUGACAAUAUAUACUUUUUUUUAAAAUUAAUAUCUUCUUUAUUUUAUGUUACUAAGUUAUGAUGCUGAAUUUUCUGUAUGAACAUCAAUCAAACACACACACAUAUCACAUAUAUAUAUACAUAUAUAUAUAGAGGCUGUCCAUAUCAGGCAAAAGGGAAUGUUCCAAAGAUAUCUCAAUGCUCUUUGGUGAUUCCAUUUGAUAGGGACAUUUUGUGUGAAGGACAAUCCUCAAAAAGCAACACAAGACUGCACUCUUUGCCGCCAUAUGUGUAUGUAUGUAUCACACCAUUCACCAUUUCACCUUAUCCAAUAAAAGUGGAAAAAAGAGAGAGAGAGAGAGAUAGUAUAUGCUUACCUUCCCAGGAACAGAGUUUCAAAUGUAAACUUUUUUUUUGGUUCAAACUUGUCAGAAGAGAGUUGUUCUAAAACCAGUCUUUAUAUAUGCUUCUUCCUUACCAAUCUUCUCUCCAUUCCAAAGAAAGAGAAGGAGAGACAAACUUCUCUCUUCUUCUUUAACCUUUUUAUCCAUAUAUCUAAUCUCUCAAGAUUUUUACAUAUAUAUUCACUAGCUAGUAGCUAAUAUCUACACAUAUUGUAGAUUUCUUCAAAAUGGGUGUUUCAGUUCUUCAUAGAGGAAUGGUUCUUCUUCUUGUCAUCUCAGUUGUUGUACUUCUUCAAACGGAUAAGGUCUCAAGUCUAAGGUGGGAGAGAGACAUGAGGCUGCAGCUACUGUCUGUUCAUCCUUUGCGUGUUCUUGAAGAGUCGUCAUCAUCAAAGGAAGGAAAUAUAGAUACAAAUCCAGACUUGGCGCCUUCUCCUUCCGUUAUGUCUGUUCCAAAUCAAUCUGUAAAAAGAAUGAUUGGAAGAGGAUCCGAUCCUAUACACAACAGAUGCUGACAUUAUUCUAGAAGGAAGAAACAAUGUUUUGUUACUGGAAGUAAAUGCUAGUCUAUAUUCUGUUCUGCAGUCUCAGUUACUUUUUAAAAAAAUGUUAUCAUUUGUCUCUUAAUCCUUUAAGGGUUCAAGUGUAUAUUGAAUCCUUGUCAUUUAAAUCGUGUUUUUCAUUAUAUAUCGUUUGUUUGAAGAGUUAUAUGUUGAAUAUACAAGACUUGAUUUGUUCUUUGUAAGAUCCUCUCAGCAUAGUUGAAUUAAUUCUGAUUAAUCAGAUUAUCAUCAGUACAAACAUCAAGCAUAUAUGAGCCCAAAUGUUUUGGUUCUUGAGCCCAAAUCAAGACAGCUCAGAGUCAUUCAGAAAAGUUGUUGAGUUGACUAGGCUUUAAGUUAUAAAUAGACCCAUUAAACACUUCUUCUUUUUUUUUCUGAAUGGCUCCCAUAAAACACUUCAAAAAACUGAGGGCACUUCUGAUCAACACUAUUUUUUUUUUCUAAAACCGAGUAAAAGUAAAACGGAAUAAAACAGAGUAAAAAUAAGUAUGAAAUAAAAAUACUCUAAUCCUACUCCAUUUUUUGUUUUAUAAUAAGAUUUACUUUCAUAAUAAGAUUUACUUCAUAAAUAGAGUAAUCUAAUUUUUGUUUGUUACUUUAUUAUGGAGUGGAAAAUAACGUAAGAUUAUAAUAUUUUUAAUUCAUACUUACUUUUACUUAAUUUUAGAAGAAAAAAUGAAGUUUUACAUUGGAUAUGCUCUAAAAAAACAUGAAAACAAGAAUAUACAUAAUCUACACUGCUUAAUAAGGUAAGUGACAUGCAUAAACAAAUAAAAGAGUAGUUGGGAAAAGGUGGAGUAGAUUUACCUUCCCAACUACUCGUUGAUUAUUGGAAAUUUUCUGAACUCAGUGAAGAGAUCAAACAAGAACUCAACGUGUAUUCAUUUUUCUACUUGACAAAUCAACCUUCUUGACAAUCUCCCGUGACUUUUGGCUUUUAAUCAUUAUGAUUACAAGGAUACCUUUCUUAAGAUAGAAAAUACAAACUCAGUUGAAGCCAAUUUAACUCUAAAAAGCUUACAUAUCUGCCGAUAUCGGUUACAAUGAUUAGUACAAGUAGGUGAAAAAUGCAGUGACUCGGAUACGAUUGAACAUAGUUUAUGGAGAUUUUUUCUGCGCUAAAUUUUGAAAAAAAAAAUUGAAAAUAGUUUUAUUUACAUUAGGACGUAAAUAGAAGUCCUUUAUAAUUAAAAAUGCGGUUGAUAUAAAGCGAUUGUACUCGAACAAUCUGUUGGUGUCUAUUGCUUGUGGGAGCAUGUCCUUUGGAGUGACUCGGAUACGCAUUUUUGUUUAUGCGACUAUUUAUUUAUGUAGUGAUCCGGGUAGUGGAUGUCAUUCAACUUGGUUUCUAAUAAAAUAUACUCCCUAAAUUUCAAAAUAAUAUUAAAAUAUUAAAUUUUUAUUUCUCAUAAUUUUAAACUAGUAAAAAAUUAGGAAAUACAUCAGUUUUUCUUUAUUUCGCACAUUUUUCUUUCUAAAAUGUGUAUUUGCUUGGAAAUAUAGUAUUUUCGAUGAACUAAUACUCUUUGUGGAAAAUGAUGCACGUGAAAAUAACAGAAAAUUAGGCUGGUUGCUGAGUUUCUUCUUCUUUUUAUUUGUUUAUUGGUCAACUCUGAAAAAGAAAUUAAAGGUAAGCGGGAUGCGGCUAUUUUAUCAUAUUUGAAAAUGGAACGAACAACAUCAUAUAAUUUAAUUUUUUUAAAUCUAAAUAACAGUCAUGAUAAGGAGUAGAUUCACGUAACGAAACUAUUGAAAUAAACUAUAAAGUAGUAUAUCUAUUUUUAAUGCUUGUUAAUUAAUAUCUACAUAGGUUUCAAAAAUAUAUUAAUCAAUUCCAACUAAUAAAAAUAUGGUUUACAUGUACACGACACUAGAUCACUAGCUAGUAAUCUCCCAUUAUUUAUUGUUUUUUUUUUGAACACCAAUCUCCCAUUAUUUAUUGUACUUCUUCAUGUUAAUACAUAUAUUUACCGUUAUAAAUCUAAGUUAUGUCGAAGUCUUUUACGUAUCAAAUAUAGGUAAAUUUAAUUUAACAAUGACUUCCUUUUGAAGCGACUAUUUUUAAAAUUCCGUCUACAGUGUAACAGUGAUAUAGUCAACACUCAACAACCCUAUUUAUAAAUAAGGGAUACAAAGGAGCAUUUUCAAGUACCCUUUUACUUUGUAUCUAAAGUCUUUGAUCAUCUCCGCCUAAAACGCAAAAAUAUAUUAGGUUUUUUCAGAGAUCAGUUCACGAAGAUGAAGAAGAGGCAAGUCGUGAUAAAACAAAGAAAAAACUCAUACACUACGACUUCGUCUUCGAGCAACGUCCGUUACAUUGAGUGCCAGAAGAAUCACGCAGCUAAUAUCGGUGGCUACGCCGUUGACGGUUGCCGUGAGUUUAUCGCAAGCGGCGGCGAAGGAACCGAUGAUGCUUUGACGUGCGCUGCUUGUCGCUGUCACCGGAAUUUUCAUAGGAGGGAAGUUGAAACGGAGGUUGUUUGCGAGUAUUCUCCUCCGAACUGAAUCAACUAAUUAAUAAGAUGUAAAAAAUAAGGAAGAAUAUACAAGAAAAGUUAUUGGUGACUUCAGUUAAAACAAAAACUACUUUGGAGUUGCUUUGUUGAGUUUUAUAUAAGAAAUGUAUUUAUAUAUGUAAUAUGGUUAUUGAUGUAUAUUCAAAUACUUACAUUAACGCC